AUGGCAGACUAUCUCGAACAGAACCAUGACCGCAUCUUUGCGGCCAACAAGGCGUGGGCCGAGGAGCAAAUUGCUCGUGACCCCGACUUUUUCAACAAGCUCUCGCAGGGCCAGACUCCGGAAUACCUCUGGAUCGGAUGCUCUGACUCGCGCAUGCCAGCAGAGACGAUUACGGGCAUGAAGCCAGGCGAGGCUUUCAUCCACCGUAACAUUGCCAACCUGGUUAACAACAUCGACCUCAACGUCAUGAGCGUGAUCAACUACGCUGUCAGACAUCUGCAGGUCAAGCACAUCAUCGUGUGCGGACACUAUGGGUGUGGUGGUGUUCGGGCGGCUAUGACGGCCAAGGAUCUUGGGAUUCUCAACCCUUGGCUGCGUAACAUUCGCGAUAUUUACCGCAUUCACGAGACGGAACUCGAUUCGAUCAAGUGCGACUCGGCGAGGUACGAUCGACUUGUCGAGCUCAACGUUGUCGAACAGUGCAGAAAUGUUAUCAAGACGGCCGCACUGCAGCAAAACUAUGCUGAGAACGGGUACCCUGUCGUCCAUGGCUGGGUGUUCGACUUCCGCACGGGCAUGCUCAAGGACCUCAAGAUCGACUUUGCCAAGAUCCUCGCCGACAUUCAGAAGAUCUACAACAUUACCGAGUAA